ACCUAAGUAAAACUUAGUAGCACUUGUUAUAUAUUGUUUCAAAUCUGCAGCCAUAUAGCACUCAAUAUACUUGCAGACUCCUUAUUGUGAGUGAGUGUUGAGAAUUAAAGUGAAGGUAAAUUAUACACAUCGGCAGUGUAUUUUUUAAAGGUAUUUACCCUGCACAUGAAAUCCGCUAAACUGUAAAUAUUAUUAAAAUAAUUCUCUGUGUUAAAAUUCUAUUUUCAUUCUGACCAAGUUCCGGGUAUCCCCUUACACUUCUUAUUUUAUGUUGUUGUGAGGUAGAAAGCAGUAACACCCACUCUCUAUGUAAACAGCAAAGUGCAGACACAAUUGUCACACGCAUUACACACAUGCACAGAAUCUCCACAACACCUCCAGUGUAAACGCUGAAUAACAAGAUUGUUUACUUGUAGAGCCGAGAGCUGCAGAGACAUUGCGCAGAGAGAAUGUAAUUCCCCUGUAGUAACAAGCAGUGGAAACUUGAUAUAAAUUUCAUACAGAGUAUUUGAUUGGUAUGUGAGAAUUACAUCUAAACUAUUUGACCUUGUAAACAUAUGUGUAUAUAUCAUUUUCCAUGCAUUAGCUUGUUGUUUGAAAUUUAAAUCAUCUGGAUAUCUUCUGUAAUGUCACCUGCACCCCUUGAUCCUCAUUAUUUCUAUUUUAAUAAUAUUAUGUUAAUGCCUUUUAAACAUUGAGAAUACAAGGGCAUAUAAUAAUAUUAAUAACUAUUUCCUUUACUUACUCUAAUCAACGUUCCCGCAAAGCUGAAGAUACAGUCUAGCCCGGAGGAAGAAUAGAAGAAGGGCUAUUUGACCCCCACUUUAUGGGAGCGAUGGUAGGCUCCACUGUGGGGGUGGAGGUGGAUAGGAGGAGAUAAAUACUCCUCCCCUGCUGACGGUUGACACUUGCAGAGUUUGGAGCAGCACGGAAGGGGGAAGUUUUACUCACCUGUGACUUACCUGAAGCGAAUGGAAGCCCUGCUGUCUGAGUUGCUGGCGGUCGCCAGGCAGAACGGUGAAGAAUGGAUUCGGGAGCGGCUUAGUGGAGGUGCGGCGGCAGUCGGUGUCCCACAGGAGGAGUCGGCGAGGAGCAGGACCAGAGGACGGCCAGCCAGGAGGUCGCGGCCACCGGAGCGCCUGAGUCUGGAGAUCGACGUCGCCAGGUCCAGAAGAGAAAACGCGGGACCUGGGCGGCUAGCAGAUGCGGCGGUGCUGCAGGAUGGCGGGAGAGGUCGUCGAGCAGGAGGUGGGGCCGAGUCGCGGCCUAGCACGGCGCCGGUGGCUGACGUCAUUGGCGGACGGCGUCAGGAGGAACCGGGCGCUGGAAGAGGCAGACGGAGAUCGUUGAGGAGCGGGACCCGCGGCGAGGAAGCAGGGUCUGCUACGGGAAGCAGGAGGGAUGUGGAGGCUACGGAAGCCAGGAGGAGUGUCACUGGAGAGCGACAGGAGGAUGUCACGGAUCCACCACUAGAGUUGGAGUCCAGUGGGAACUUCGAAGAGGAUGACCCGUUGGAGGGAACGUCGACGGGUUCAAUUACGGUUGGCCAGUCUGUAGGUUCAGGGAGGAGGGAGAGGGGCUCAUCGCCCGCUGUCAGGAUGGGAGUUUCCGGCGGUCGCCGGAGGUCGAGAUCGCCGAUACGGCAACCCCAGAGAGGAGGCAGGUCUGGGUCGCCAUCCCGAGCGCGGGAGGAAAGGGAGCGAGACAGGAGCAGGCACGGCAGGGGGCGUUCUCCUACCAGGCGAGGCGAGGUACGGAGGAGACUGGACAGCAGCAGAGGCCCGGAAAGCGACAGGAGGGAGCAGAGGAGGGAGCAAGGAACGGAGUCGGCACAAAUCCCAGUGGCGGUGCAACAGCCUACAGGUGAGGGUACGGCUGGGGGUGCGCCAGGAGUGACUGUGGUGGAGAGUGGAGAGAGAGGCAUGAUAUUGGCAGGGCUGAAGGGGUUAUUGGCGGCAUUGGAGAAGCCUAGCAGUGGGGGGGUCCCGGUUGCGGCGGCAUGGGUUGCCCCUGGUACAGGGACGCAGGGUGUAGUAGCGCCGGGAGUAGCAGCAGGUACGCAAGAGGUGGUAGCACCGGUAGUAGCAGCGCAGAGUAGUGGCUCCGCGAUACCAGCAGAGGUACCGGCGGCGUGUAAGGAGGUGCUUAGAGUUCUGGAAGGGGCACUUAGGAGGCCAUGUUUAUGCUCGGUGGGCCCGCUGGGUAUUCAUCUAACGGCUGAUUUGCGGGAAAAGAUAGGGAGGAGGGAGUUUGUGGAGAUAUUCUCCCUUUUGCCCUUGGAGCAUGUGUUAGAGGUAAAGGAAGAUGAGAAAGAAAAGGGUAAAAAGGAAGAGGAGGAAAGGAAGAAAAGGUGGAGGAAGUUGCCCAAGACAUUUGCGAAUUGGUCACGGGCCUUUAGGAUUUUAGCCAGUGUUUUUUGCGAAAAGUUCCCCGAGCAAGGGGCUUCCCUUUUUUGCUAUUAUGAAGAGAUAGCUAGUGCAUUUGGGACUUAUGGGGGCAUGGCCUGGUGGAGAUAUGAUGAGGGAUUCAGGCAGCGAAUGGCAGUUCGUCCGGAGAUGCGCUGGGACGAUAGGGAUAUGGGGAUAUGGUUAGAAAUGAUGACUCCGUUGCGGGGGGCUCGUUCCUUUCGGAGUUUGGGACAGUCGGGGAGCUUACCGGGAGCCAGCUCAGGAACUGGAACAGCUAUCCGAAAAGGGCUGUGCUUCCAGUUUAAUGAAGGGCAAUGUAAGUUUGGAUCCUCGUGUAAAUACAAGCACGAGUGUUCGGUAUGCGGUGGGAUCCAUUCCGGGGCGAAGUGUUUCCGGAAGAACAGAGGGGGUAACAGGCCUGGGGAGUUGGGUAUACCGGGCGCGGACGCCGUGAAAGUAAGAAAGAUGGUCCCCUGGCUCGAGGCGUACGCCAAUGAACGGGGGCAUGAGGGGGACGCGGAAUUGCUCUUGACGGGAUUUAGUUCUGGGUUCUUGAUUCCGUUUAAGGAGCAGGAAGGCUCGUCCUUCACGGGGAAUUUGAAGUCAGCAAGGGAAUUUCCGGAGGUAUUGAGGGAGAAGUUGGGAAAAGAAGUCAGAUUGGGGAGGAUGGCGGGCCCAUUCAGACUACCUCCUCUCUCGGGUCUGAGGGUGUCUCCUUUGGGGGUGGUCCCGAAGAAAUCCCCGGGGCAAUUUCGGAUGAUACAUCAUUUAUCCUUCCCGCGGGGUAUGUCAGUGAAUGAUGGAAUUGACCCGGAAUUGGUAUCAGUGAAGUAUGCCUCUUUUGACAAGGCAAUCUCGGUCGUGCGGAAGGCGGGCCGGGGCGCGUUGUUGGCAAAGGCGGACGUUGAAUCCGCUUUCAGACUAUUACCGGUUCACCCGAGGUCUCAUCACCUCUUGGGGUGCAAAUUUGAGGAGCAGUUUUAUGUCGAUCUCUGCCUCCCGAUGGGCUGUUCAAUUUCCUGUUCAUAUUUUGAAAGGUUCAGCUCGUUUGUGGAGUGGGUGGUCAAAAAGAAAUCGGGUAAGGUCUCAGUAGUGCAUUACUUGGACGAUUUCCUUUUUGUGGGCCCGGCUGGGUCCGGUGUAUGUGAGCUCCUGGUAACGGUUUUUGGCGAAGUGGCCCAGGAUUUUGGUAUUCCGAUCUCGGAAGAAAAAUCGGAGGGCCCAGUUACGACCCUGAGUUUCCUGGGGAUCGAGAUUGAUUCGAUCAAUAUGGAAUGCAGACUCCCGGAGGACAAAGUCCGGGAUCUUCGGGACGUGAUUGACGGGGUCCUGAGGAAGAAAAAAGUCUUACUGAAGGAUCUGCAAUCGUUGUUGGGCAAGCUAAAUUUUGCCGGUCGGAUUAUUCCCAUUGGUCGGAUUUUCUGUCGCAGAAUGUCACUGGCUACGGCUGGAGUUUCUAAUCCCAAUUUUCACAUCCGCUUAUCGUCGGAUAUGAAGGAAGACCUGAAGAUUUGGCAAAUCUUUUUGGAAGACUUUAAUGGAUCUUUGUUGAUCCAGGAGGCCGGUUGGUCGGACGACCAAUUGUGUUUGUUUACAGAUGCGUCGGGUGCCCAUGGUUUUGGGGCUUUUCUGAAUGGCAAGUGGUGUGCGGGGGCCUGGCCGGAGGUUUGGGUGGAAUGGGGUUUGACAAGGAAUCUGACAUUUUUGGAGUUGUUCCUAUUGGUGGUAGCUUUGAGAAUUUGGCCUGAACAUCUCAGGGACAAAAGGGUUUGUUUCCACUCUGACAAUUUGGGGGUGGUGUGGGCGAUUAAUCGCUUGACGGCGAAUUCUCCGGCCGUGAUCCGUUUACUGAGGGCAUUUGUGUUGGAAUGCUUGAGGUGUAAUGUAUCAUGGAGGGCGGUACAUGUCCCUGGACGGCUUAAUGUAAUUGCUGACUCUUUAUCCCGGUUUCAGUGGGAUCGAUUCCGAGAGGCGGCUCCAGGGGCGGAUGCGGAAGGUUGGGAGUGCCCGGAGGAUCUGUGGCAGCUUGGCUGCCAGGAGCAUUGAGUCUUGUACAAGGGGCUUUAGCCCCUAACACAUGGAGGGCUUACGUCCGAGUGUGGAAGCUGUGGAGGAUUAGAAUUGAGCUGGAUUAUCAAGAAGGUACUUUGGAGGAGGAGAUGAGAUCUUUGGUGGAUUGGAUAAGAUGCUGGGGGAGGGAAGGGCUGUCGCCCUCAGAAAUACGGAGGAGGAUGGCGGCUUUGGCGUUCCUUUUCAAACUGUUGGGGCAGGUAGAUUUGACAAAAAUCUUUGUGGUACGGAUGGCAGUGAAGAGUCUGUGUAAGAGGAAGGCGAGGGCAGAUGGUAGGCGGCCGCUGACAUUUGCCGUUUUAGAAGGUGUGAUUGGGAGGCUGGGGGGUAUUUGUUCCUCAGGUUACGAGGAAAAGUUAUUCAAGGUGGCUUGCGUGCUAGCCUUUUUCGGAGCAUUUAGGGUAUCGGAGCUAAUGGGGAGGAAUCGGGGGGACUUAGGAGGAUUGGCAAGGCAGGAUGUGGUGUUGCGGGAAGGGUUGGUUGAGAUUUGGGUGAGGAGGUCCAAGACGGAUCAGGAAGGGAGAGGUGCAAUGGUGGUGCUACGUGCGAUCGGGGGCCGAUGCUGCCCGGUUGGUUCGGUCCGGGAAUUUUUUGAGGUAUCAAAUAAUUCAUCUGGUCCACUGUUGGUGCACAAUGAUGGGAUGCCAUUAUCUAGGUAUCAGUUUGUGGCGGUGGUGCGGAAGGCGUUAGUGGCGAUGGGGUUGAGAGGGGAAGAUUUCAGUUCACAUUCAUUUCGAAUUGGGGCAGCGACGGAGGCAGCAUCUCUAGGUUUGGAUGGUGGGGUAAUCAGAAAGAUUGGCAGAUGGAGGUCUGAAAGAUUUCAGGUGUACGUGAGGCAGGGGAUGGUGGUACAACCAGGGGGAUAUUGUUAAGUGGAAUUCUUUGCUUUACUUGACAGGGCCGGUGUCUUGCUGGAUCUUAGGGCACUCCUACAUUUUUUGGGCGAGGAAAGCGGCAGCUGUUAAAGACAAUGGGUUGCAGCUGGGUUUCUCCAGGGAACAGGUGCAUAUACGGUGGUUGGGGGUCCGAGGUAUGAAGUGGGCCCAAGUGAUUGGGAAGGUAUCAGAAUAUGCCAGGGUGUUUUCCCCCCCUCAGUUGUUAGUUCUCCAUGUGGGAGGGAACGACUUGGGGUGUAUGCCUCAGAAGGAUUUGUUAUGGGGAAUGAAGAGUGGGAUUGAUAGGUUGUUAUCACUGUUCCCGGGGAUCAUUUUAGUGUGGUCAGAGAUUGAGAGUAGGGUGGUAUGGCGGUCAGCUUGGAACACCAGGAAAUUGGAAGCUUCCAGAAGGAAAGUAAACAGGACAGUCAGUGGAUAUGUUAGGAAGCUGGGCGGAGUGAGCCUUAGGCAUGUGGAAUUUGAAGGGGAGUCGGGCAGGUGUUUCUAUUUGAAGGAUGGGGUCCAUUUGAAUGAAGUGGGUCUACACCUGUUUAAUUUCACAAUUAAGGAGGGGAUCGAAAAGGCCUUGGCCCUGUGUGGCGGUACUCGCUGAAGGCGAGUGGUGGCGGGUGCUUGCUGUGAUCUGUUGAGGCUUACGCCUGAUAGAUAGUAGCUGGUACUUCUGUUGGUAAUAAGAAAGUGGAAGGUGAUGGUGGACGCCCCGCCCCUGAAAAGGGGUGGGGGCUUAUGGAGAGGUUAAAGGCAAGCACUGGGUGAAUUGUUAGAUAUGAGGUUGUAAUGUUUAUAAAGUUUAACUUAUGUUGUGGUUUUAAUAACCAGGCUGCGGCCUUUUCUACCCCAUAAAGUUUGUGGUGUCUUAUUGGGAAUGAUGGAGUGGACUCAGAAAUGGGGGGUCAAGUCUAGCCCGGAGGAAGAAUAGAAGAAGGGCUAUUUGACCCCCACUUUAUGGGAGCGAUGGUAGGCUCCGCUGUGGGGGUGGAGGUGGAUAGGAGGAGAUAAAUACUCCUCCCCUGCUGACGGUUGACACUUGCAGAGUUUGGAGCAGCACGGAAGGGGGAAGUUUUCCCGCCCUCCCUCCCCAAGAUUAGAAGAUAGUUGGUUGUCGCAGCGAUGGCGGGGUGCUUGCUGUGAUCUGUUGAGGCUUACGCCUGAUAGAUAGUAGCUGGUACUUCUGUUGGUAAUAAGAAAGUGGAAGGUGAUGGUGGACGCCCCGCCCCUGAAAAGGGGUGGGGGCUUAUGGAGAGGUUAAAGGCAAGCACUGGGUGAAUUGUUAGAUAUGAGGUUGUAAUGUUUAUAAAGUUUAACUUAUGUUGUGGUUUUAAUAAACAGGCUGCGGCCUUUUCUACCCCAUAAA